GUAAACUUUGCGUGUGUGUGAGUUAUACUCACUGUUUCCAUUGAGACUCCUCCGUCUGUGUACACACAUCAGAGCGGCCCCACUUAAAAAAUAAUGUGAAGUACAUUGAGGCAAAAUCAACAUCGCCGUGAGAGAGAUAAGAGGAUCAACGAAAAUUGAGAUAAUUUAGAAAUAUCUCAGUGCUGCGUUCCAAUGAGUGUAAUCUUUGACUUUUUUGUCCCGCUGAUCCCGCUGUAGGUAAUCUGUGAAAGUUUCAGUUAAACCGUUCUCUUCAUUUUCACAAAUCCGGAUUCAAAAAUUAGUGGUGAAAAAAUAGUGAAAACGUGUUAAAACUCUUUUGUGACAAAGUAUUCUACGUAGCCACAAUUCAUCGUAUGAACGGAUGUGAAUAUUCCAGUAGUGCGAGUUUCUUUGUGCUCAAACAACUGUCAUUGACUACCCAAGCGAUUGAAAAACUUAACAUUUCAAAUUUGAUCUUCGUUAUUUUUGAGACUAAUUUAAACAUUUUUUGAGGGAAGUAUUAACUGCCAUCAUUCGCUUCAGUGUGUACCGUAUUUAUACAACUGACUCUCAAAAAACAGACGUGGUAAUGAAGGACUCUACUUCGUUUGCUCAUUAAAGUAUAAAUAUUAAUCGACAAAGUAUAUGUAUUGCCAUGAUCUUCAAGAUUCGGACGAGGUCUCAUUGAUAAUCUCAAAAAUUUUAGAAAGAUUGUUUAUAAUCAGAGCCACAUACAUAUUUUGCUUUCCAAAAUAAACGACUACUUUUUGCCGUGAAGAAAAUCACCAGUUUCUUCUAUUGAGAAUAUUAACAUUUUUAGCCUUAAAGUUCAAUUUACGAUUCCGACGACUUUCAUUGUGACACAUAUCCAAUUUUGUCUAUUGCCAUAUCUUAUAUGAAUCAAAACAUGUCCGUGUUGGAGAAAUUGACUUCAGAAAUAUUUCCAAAACUGGCAGCAGAGGGAAAAUUUGGUCGCAACAUUCUUAGGUUUGUAAAAUUCAAACCUGAUGAAAAGUUUCAGGCAGUAGAUCAUUUUGCGUCAAGUAUCUACUUUGGUGAUGUAAUAUUGGCAACUAAGAACAGAAAAUACGUGGCUCAAAGUGUUGUGAUCAAGGCUCAAACCGGUGGUAAGCUCAACGAAAUAGCAGAUAAGCUCUCGUAUAACCUCCAGCUUUACAACGAGGUCUUAUUCUACACCGAAAUCCUACCUCUGCUCAGGAGGUGCGACCCUGACGACACGGUUACAAAAUUAUUCCCAAAAUGUUUUUACGCUCAUGCGGUGAAAGAUGAUCCGGGCAGCGGUAUCCUGGUUUUUGAGAACUUACAAAAACAGGGUUUCAGACUGUCACCGUGGAAAACCUUCAACGACUUCAAACACAUCGAGCUCACCCUCACGUGGCUCGGUAAGUUCCACGCUUUGUCUCUGGUGUGCAAGAAAAACUACCCUGAAAAAUUCAGGAGCGUCAUCAAUAAAAUAUUAGAGCCUCAUUGGACCGAAAAGAGACUCAAGAACCCUGAUGAUUUCUUCAAGGAAAACUGCAAGCGCGGAAUUCUGCCUCUGAGAGAUGACCCGAACUACAACCACAAGGUAGACGAUUUGCUGGCCCUCGUGGAGAAUGUUGACCCGGCUGUCGCUAAAAUGAUCUCCCCGAUCGAGCCCUCAGCCGUGAUCACUCACGGGGAUUUCAACAGGAACAACAUUUUCUACAAGUACGACUCUAAUAACGAGCCUUGUGAAGUUAAGUUUAUCGACUGGGUCACCAUACGCUACGCAUCACCGGUUAUAGAUCUCACAUACUACUUGUUCAUUAACUCCUCUCCGGCGGUCCAGGCCGAACAUUGGGUCGACAUCCUGACGAUCUACCACUCGGCGGUAACGUCCAACCCCUAUCUCGACCCUGAAUUCAAACUGUGCUUCAUCGAGCUUCAGAUAGAUAUACGACGGCGGGGCUUCUUCGGGUACGUUUGGGCGAGUUGGUAUCUGCCGAUGAUGAUGUCGCUCGAAUCGGAAGCGAAUGACGAUUGGUUCAAGUUGACGGUGGACGAACUCAUCAAGUGCCGACUUGCUGCUGGAGGUGAGAAGGCAACUAUGCUAGUUACACAACUUGUUAGACACAUGAUAGACCUGAACUUUGAUUUUAAGUACGUUUUCGAAUCGGAAGUGAAUAAAAUUGAGCCUCUGAAGAUACUGAGGGCCCUGAACCUAGUCUGACCGAUUUGGGAUGGAAGUAAGGAAUAGAAAUAGGGCCUUACUUGAAUGGCAUGGAGAGGUUUGGAAAAGCAGAUAGAUGUGCGAUAACUUAGGACUCCUUCAUCAUCUAGCACGUUUUCUGUCUAUCUAUCUAUCUAUCUAUCUAUCUAUUUAUCUAUCUAUCUAUCUAUCUAUCUAUCUCCUCAUCUAUUAUCUUCUUUGACUUUCCCAAAUUCUUUUUCUUUUUCUUCUAUUUUCACACUUUUUUCUUUCUCCGUCUUCUUAAAAAUCCUUAACUUUCGCACAUGUAUUUGUUUCCAAAACUCCCCAUUAAGGUAUGCAUAUGUAUGGAAUGUAUAACCCUAAUACUAAAACUAAUACUAAAAUAUUGGGGGGCAUACUUACAUGGAGGUAGUGCUAAGUAGUUUCAUCCGACUGUGGCGAGCUUUUACGGGUUUAGAAGUCCCGACUUUGUUAGACAGGGGGGAUUGAAUUGGAGGGAAAAGGUAGGUACAUGAAGGUACGUUGAAAAAUGAAGAGGUGCGUGAGAGUAGGAGGGGUUGCAUUGUCACAAACUUUCAUUUAAGAAUGAAUUUAUUUGCUCGUGGAACAUUUGCAAAUUAAAAUAUUCCGAUUGGACACCUUUGCUCAUUUUUUUUAAAUUUUUCUUUAAAAUUUGUGUGGUAUAACAUCCACUUGUUAUAAACAGAAGUCAGGUGGAUCCAUGAAACUUUCCAAUUUAGUUAAGUAUCUCUGACCCUCGGCCCCUAUUUAGUUGUACAAAUUGAUUAAUUAAGCAUUAUUUUCUUUUACUUGAUGUUUUUUUUACAUUAGUGUUUUAAGUUUACAUUUUAUAAAGAUCUAGGAAUAAAUCUACAUGUUUCCUCAA